UCCUCUCUCUCUCUCUCUCUCGUCACGUGUGCAGGUCUGUGAAUCGCAGCAGCGGCUUUGUGCGUUUCUUUCUGUGUGAGCGAGAGAGAGGCUCAGGGCUGCACUCCUCUAAGGGCUUCUCGUACUCUCUCUCAGCACACAUUCACACACGCACACGCGUUCAUCCAGACAGGGGGCUUUCACCAUCCCAGACACACCGUCUGCUGCCCAGCGGAGCACUGCGACUUCUGUCUGGGAGAGCCUGACGGAGAGGAGGGGAUUUUUACCCAGGAUCCUUCCGUGAUUUGCAACAGCAUGCGCCCGCCGUGCCAGACUUCAUUCCAAGGUUGAGCUGAGCACAGCCGCUGCAAGAGGGCGACGAGGGAGGAAUGGAUCGUGGAGAGAGCAGGACGUGGAACUGAGGGCUUUUCCGUUGUCAGAGGAUGCUCUGUGCUUCACGGCAGGACGUUUAAGAGUUCGUUGGACGAUCCUGUGCUGUAGUGGAUGGAUUUUACGUGCUGUCGGAGAGGAGAUAUGAUGCCUCUUCUGAAGAACAUUGAACAAUAUUUCUCUCACUGAGGAUGUGCAACCAUUUCUGCUCAGCACAACCACAUCUGAGGUCACUUCUUGUCUAGACCCUCUUAUACCUCAGGGUUGACUUUCAAAAUUCAUAAGUGUCUGCAUGUUCCCCGUUGAGCACCGCUUGGUUUGAGACCAGUUUUGCUUCACUGCAUCCAGAGUGCAAAACUGCGGAAACAUCGCCCUCCAUGGUUUCUGCCCAUUUCAAGAAGCUAUCGUCUUACAUCGUAAAGAUUUGCAAAGGAAUGUUUACAAAGAAACUGGCAACUGCCACAAAGAAGAAAGAGAGCAGCGAAAACAAAAAAGAACCAAAAACGUCCCCUGACCUGCAAGCAAGGAACCCAACAUUCUCAACCACACUAAAAAGCACAGUUAAAAAAAUCUCAAAAUGCUCGUCGGCACGCAAUAUAUCUCUUGAGGAGGAUGAUGGAAAAAACGACUGUUCUUCUCUCUCGCCAACAUUCAGUUACCGUGUAGCAAUUGCCAAUGGUCUGCCAAAAAAUUCCCUCUUUCUGAACAAUAAUGAAUUUCAUGAGGUCUUGUCAAUUGAUAGUGAUUACUCUGACUCUCUAAACGAGGCAAAACUUGUCCAUAGAUUCGAUGAACAAAAAGCUUAUACAAUGCCAGUAAGAAGGAACAGGAAGAGUUUGAUUAGUUUAGCGCCCUCUGAUGGCAGCUCGGAGGGAGAACGGGGAGAGCGCAGCAGUCUCCAAACUCUUCGAUUGGGUGCUCUGAAAAAGCUGAGGAAAUGGAAGAAGAGCCAAGAAUGUGUGUCCUCAGACUCAGAGGCCAGCAACUGGAGAAAGACUCUUGGCAUCAGAAGCAAAUCUCUAGACCGGGCUGGCCGACAGCAGAAAACCACUACCCUAGAGCCGGGAUCCAGCUCGACGGGAUGUAUCAGUCAGACUCAGGAUGUGAUGGAGAUGAUUUUCAAAGAACUUCAGGGAAUCAGCCAGAUUGAGUCUGAGCUCUCAGAGCUGCGAGGGCACGUUAACGCCCUCAAAAGCUCCAUUGAUGAGAUCUCCAGCAGCGUGGAGGUGGUGCAGAGUGAAAUUGAGCAGCUCCGAACAGGUUUUGUGCAGUCUAGACGUGAGACUCGAGACAUCCAUGAUUACAUCAAACAGAUUAGCCAACAGACCAACAAAGCUGCUUUGAGAUUUUUAAAUGUGCCUGAGGAGAAGUAUGAAAAAACAGAAGAGCUUAUUUAUCAAAUCCUGAAAGAGAAAAUGGGCUUUGCCGAAGCACGCAAGACAUUUAAAAUUGAACUGGCCCAUCGACUAGGGCAACAAAGAGAAUGUUACAAUGCUAAACCUCGACCAAUUGUAGUUAUAUUUUCAAGCCCACAAGAUAGGGAUUUAGUUUUGAAAAAGUGUUAUAAGCUUAAAGGAACUGGAAUAUCCAUCUCGACUGAUAGUCUAGUACAUGAUUCAAAAGAAAAGAGAGACAAGCCAAUGGCUUCCUCUCAGACAUAUGAAAGCAUGGACAUCAAGGUCUCAGCCAAAGACAAGGCUGAAAGUGAUGACUGGGACUCCAUGGAAAGUGACAAAGAGCUUGAUGAAUUAAACAAGAACAAAUAUGCAAUUGUGUCCAAACCACCCCCAAAAAGUAAAUCUGAUAAGAAAAAGUCUCACGAUCACCGAAGGAUGGCCGAUGACUCGGCCUACUCUGUACACUAUGCGGAUAAUACAGGCUAUGAUGACCACGACAAGCAGAGUAAGUCCUACUAUUCUGACAUAACACCUGGAUGGCUUUCUCAAAGUGACUACUCCACUCCCAAACUCAGCCGGUCUGAAUCUGACUGCUCGAAACUUUGCCAGUCUUACUCUGAGGAUUUCUCAGAGAGUCAGUAUUUCAGCAGAGUCAAUGGCUGCUCCUUGCUUUCCUCCUCAGAUCAGGAACUUUGGCAACGGAAGCAAGAAGACAUGGCAUCGUCCUGGUACGCUACUCCUCCCAGUCAAACUCUGAGCCAAGAACGACCUUAUGUGGAGCAUAAUGAAGUUGAAACCACUGAGACAAUUGACAGUGGUGUAAGUAAUGGUCUCGUUUGUAUAUCAGGGGACCGGAGCCAUUACAGUGGCUCUCAGCUGUCGCUGCAGGGUGACCUCUCACCAUGGAAAGAUUGGCAUCACCUUGAACAAGGUACUGAUUCAGGUUUGGAUGCUUCAACUGAGCAGAACAUAAUCUCUGAGAUCAGUAGUCCCUUUGACCCUGCAGCUAACCCUGGUUUCCCUGAGAAAAUUACUAAAUGCCUUGAGGUUGAUUUACAAUUUGAGGGUGAGACCUUUCUGACACUAGAUAGCACUCCUGAGACAGGCCAAUACCAAUAUAUAGAUUUUGAACCUACAUAUUUAGAACCUGAGCUAGAUCUUGAGCUUGAACCAGAACCAGGGCCAGAGCCAGAGCCAGAGCUAGAACCAGAGCCAGAGCCAGAGCCAGAACCAGAACCAGAGCCAGAACAAAUGGCACCGCCAGAACCUGAACCAGAAUUAGAGCCGGAGCCAGAGGUUGUGAUUGAACCCAUAGCAAAACCAGUACCUAGACCUGUGGCUGAACCGCAACCUGAAAAGAAGCCCAAGACCAAGAAGAUCCAAGCUAAGCCUGAAUCAGCUCCACAAACUUUGCAGCGGCAAGAUGUGAACCACCUCCAGCAGGGCCAGAAAUCUUCAGCCAUGUACCGGAGCCAGAGUGAGAUCCGAAAUGAGAAGGUGGAGGACGUCCCCAAAUCAUGGAGUAGCAGGCUUAGCAUAGACCUUGGUGAAAAAUCCUUUGGCUUUGGAGGUUUUGGAUCCACCCUGCAAAGAGCAAAGUCAGCUUUGGAUUUUGUAUGGAAUAAAGGCCCCCAAAGCACCAGUGCCCCAGUUGAAGAACCAAGCAACACCUCAUUCAUGGGAAGGUUCAGAACCAUGUCCCAGUCCACAGCGAACAGCUCCAGCACAACUAUUGACUCUGAUGUCUACACAGAACCUUUCUAUUACAAGGCAGAAGAUGAAGAUCAAUCUAGUGAACAACCUGUGGACAAUGAGACACAUUAUGUUGAGGUGAUGGAACAAGUGCUAGCCAAUUUGGAAAACAGAACAAAUGCCAACGAGGCUGAGGAACAGUACCAAGAAGAGGAAUACAAUGUCUCGCAAGAAUAUGACAUCUCUCAAGAUGGUAACCUUGUGUUGGAAUAUGACUGCAGCCUUGAUGAACAAUAUGAUGAGGAAUUUAGUGAGGAGUAUGACGACAAUCCCAUGACUGAAGACACAGCAGAAUAUGACGUGAGUCUGGUGGAUUAUGUGGAAGAAACUGGGGAACCAGAAGCAGAGAUUGAAGAACAGGAGGAAGGCAAAAAGGAGGUGCAGGAAGUUCAAGAAACAUCAGAAACGAAGGGAGCAGAUGAGGUUGAAAAGGCUGUAGAACAUGAGGACGAGAACAAGAACGUUACAGAGGUUCCUGUGCAGGAAGCACCACCCAAAAAAAGGAUACGUCCCACCUUCAAAGAGGCAGCAUUGAGAGCUUACAGGAAGCAGAUGGCUGAGCUGGAACAGCAGAUCCUGGCAGGAGACAGCACUGCUCUGGACACGGAGGGUUGUGUCAAUAUCCUGGACCCAGCCAAACUGGGGUUGACUGGCGGAGGGGUUGGCAGUAUACUUUAUGGCAUUGACAGCAUGCCAGAUUUACGUCGCAAGAGGACCAUGCCUAUUGUCCGAGACCUGGCUUUGACAUUGGCUGCUCGAAAGGCAGGCAUUGCGUUUGGGCUCGUGAACAGAACGACUCUAAACAACGAGGAGCUGAAACUGCAUGUGCUCAGAAAGACUCUCCAAGCGUUGAUCUAUCCCAUCUCCUCCACGACGCCCCAUAAUUUCGAGGUGUGGACGGCCACUGCACCCACCUACUGUCACGAGUGUGAGGGUCUGCUCUGGGGCAUCGCCCGACAGGGCAUGCGCUGCAGUGAAUGCGGGGUGAAAUGCCACGAGAAAUGCCAGGACCUUCUGAAUGCAGACUGUCUCCAACGUGCAGUAGAGAAGAGCUCGAAACAUGGAGCCGAGGACAAAACCCAAAACAUCAUCAUGGCCAUGAAGGAACGGAUGAAAAUCAGGGAGAAGAACCGACCCGAGGUGUUCGAGUUGAUUCAGGAGAUGUUUCUGCUCACGAAGGAAGACUUCACGACCCAUCUGAAGACAGCCAAACAGGCCGUGCUGGAGGGGACGUCCAAGUGGUCUGCCAAAAUCACCAUCACGGUUUUAUGUGCUCAAGGUUUGCAAGCCAAAGACAAGACGGGCUCCAGCGACCCCUACGUCACAGUACAAGUGGGAAAGACCAAACGGAGGACCAAAACUGUUUUCGGGAAUCUCAACCCCAUCUGGGACGAGAAGUUUUUCUUUGAAUGCCAUAACGCCACAGACCGUAUAAAGGUUCGUGUGUGGGAUGAAGACGACGACAUAAAGUCCAGAGUGAAGCAGCACUUUAAGAAGGAAUCUGAUGACUUUCUGGGUCAGACUAUCAUCGAGGUGCGGAUGCUGAGCGGGGAGAUGGACGUCUGGUAUAAUCUAGAGAAGCGUACGGAUAAGUCGAUGGUGUCGGGUGCCAUCAGGCUGAAAAUCAGCGUUGAGAUGAAAGGAGAAGAGAAGGUGGCUCCGCCUCAUGGGCAGUACACAUGUUUACACGAGAAUCUCUUCCACUACCUGACGGAGGUGAAGAACAGUGGAGUCGUGAAGAUCCCAGAAGUCAAAGGCGACGAUGCCUGGAAGGUUUAUUUUGACGACGUGUCACAGGAGAUCGUGGAUGAGUUUGCCAUGCGUUUUGGUGUAGAGUCCAUCUACCAGGCUAUGACUCAUUUCUCUUGUCUCUCAUCCAAGUACAUGUGUCCCGGUGUUCCCGCGGUGAUGAGUAACCUGCUUGCCAACAUCAAUGCCUACUUCGCUCACACAACAACAGCAACUACUAACAUCUCGGCUUCCGACCGAUUCGCAGCGUCCAACUUUGGGAGAGAAAAGUUCGUCAAACUCUUGGAUCAGCUUCACAACUCUCUAAGGAUCGAUCUCUCCAAGUAUCGGGAUAACUUCCCUGCUGGAAAUCCAGAGAGACUGCAGGAUUUAAAAUCAACCGUUGACCUGCUGACGAGCAUCACCUUUUUCAGGAUGAAGGUGCAGGAGCUGCAGAAUCCUCCCAGAGCCAGUAUGGUAGUUAAAGACUGUGUGAAGGCCUGUUUGGACUCCACCUACAAAUACAUCUUUGACAACUGUCAUGAGCUCUACAACCAGCUACUGGACCAGGCUAAGAAGCAGGAUCUGCCGCGUGAGGAACAGGGUCCGUCCAUCAAGAACCUGGACUUCUGGCCCAAACUGAUCACGCUGAUGGUGUCUGUUAUAGAUGAGGACAGAAUGGCCUACACACCCAUCAUUAACCAGUUCCCGCAAGAGUUGAAUAUGGGUAGAAUUAGUGCUGAAAUCAUGUGGAACCUCUUCGCCAUGGAUAUGAAGUACGCAAUGGAUGAUGCCGUGGGCGCACCGCUUCACCAUCUUGCUUGAAGUCAAUGGUUGGCGGACCAGCUCACAUA